AUGACCGAACCAGCCGCUCCAAACAUCAUAGUUAAUGAUCUAUCCUACUGCUUCCCUGAUCGCACCACCGGUCUUUACAAUGUCAGCCUCACACUACCACCACGCUCGCGAACCCUUCUAAUCGGAGCGAACGGCGCCGGGAAAACGACUCUCCUCCGACUCCUCUCUGGCAAACGUCUUGCGCCCAGCAACACUGUCUCCGUUGGUGGUCUCGACCCGUUCAAAGAUGGAUUGGAAGGCGUAACAUACCUCGGUCUCGAAUGGGUGCUCAAUCCAAUUGUGCGGACUGAUAUCGGAGUCAGAGAGCUGUUGAAGAGCGUAGGUGGUGACUUCUAUCCGGAUAGAAAGGAUGAGUUGGUUGAGGUUUUGGAUAUUGAUCUAGACUGGAGGAUGCAUGCCGUUUCGGAUGGAGAAAGGAGACGGGUGCAGCUUGCAAUGGGAUUGAUUCGCCCUUGGAGGAUAUUGCUGUUGGAUGAGAUUACGGUUGAUUUGGAUUUAUUAAGUCGAAGCAAUUUUCUGGGGUUCUUGAAGAAGGAGACAGAGGUCCGACAAUGUACAAUUGUGUAUGCGACGCAUAUUCUGGACAACCUUGCGGAUUGGCCGAGUCAUUUGGUACACAUGAGCCUUGGAAAGGUAAAACAAUGGGGUCCAGUCGAGGAGCUAGAAUUGAAGGAGGGGCAAGGUGAGGGCAGAGGAAAUAGCAGAUUGGGAAUGCUCGUUCUAGGAUGGUUGAAGGAAGAUUUGGCUGAACGAGGGCCUCGAAACAACAUGCAAGGAAGCGAAGGAAAAGCGUACAACAAUCCUGGAGUUGGAGGCUACGGUGCUCUGAGGGCACCAGAAAGAGAAAAGCGUAGUGCACCAUAA